CUUUUUGACAAUCACCUGAAAUAAAUUAAAAAACGUCAAUGGAAGUCAGACGAGAGUCAACCGACCAAAAAACUCAUCAAUGGCACCACUGGUUUUCAAAGUGCAUCGACACGAACCAGAGCUGAUCAAACCAGCUAAGCCUACACCACACGAAUUCAAACUCUUGUCAGACAUAGACGAUCAAGAUGGUCUCAGAGUUCAAAUCCCACUCAUUCAUUUGUACAAUUACCACCCUUCAAUGCAAGAAAAUGACCCAGUUCGUGUCAUUAAACAAGCACUUGCUGAAACGCUCGUGUUUUACUAUCCAUUUGCGGGUAGAGUUAGGGAAUUGGCUGAUAGUAAUCGGAAGCUUGUCGUUGAGUGUACUGGUGAAGGGGUUUUGUUUGUGGAAGCUGUUGCCGAUGUUCGGCUCGAUCAGUUUGGUGAUGAUGCUGUGAUCGGGCCUCCGUUUCCUUGCUUUGAUGAGCUUCUGUUUGAUGUGGCGGGUUCUAGCGGAAUUCUUGAUUGCCCUUUGUUGCUUAUUCAGGCAACACUGCUCAAAUGCGGAGGAAUCAUUCUGGCUGUUCGUCUCAACCACACCAUAAGCGACGGAGGAGGCUAUCUACAGUUCUGGUCAAGCUUAGGCGAGAUUGCACGCGGAGCACAUGCCCCCUCAGUCCUGCCAAUAUGGGAUAGGCACCUAUUAAAUGCACGAGACCCGCCACAUGUAACAUGCGUACACCAUGAAUAUGUUGACCUGGUUGACACUGAGGAACAAAUACCACUUGCUGAAAAGGACCAUCGUUCGUUCUUUUUUGGUCCUGUUGAGAUAGCUUCACUUCGAAGGUGUGCACCCCCUCACCUCCAUCAUUGCUCUACUUAUGAACUAAUAACUGCAUCUUUUUGGAGGUGUCGCGCCAUUUCACUUCAACCAAACCCCAAUGAAGAAAUGCGUGUAAUAUGCAUUGUUAAUGCUCGUAACAAAUUCAAUCCUCCGAUUCCUGAUGGUUACUACGGCAACUGCAUUGCAUACUCAGCAGCAGUAGCAAGAGCAGAGGACCUCUGUAAAAAACCAUUAGGAUACGCAUUGGAAUUGGUAAAACAAGCUAAAGAAUAUGUUACUGAAGAGUACAUGCGGUCAGUGGCCGAUUUGAUGGUGAUCAAGGGUAGGCCUUGGUAUACGAUGGUGAGGACGUUCCUAGUAUCAGGUGUCGGAAAAGUUAGGUUUGAUGAGGUGGAUUUCGGGUGGGGACGAGCAGUGUACGCGGGGCCUGCCAAGGGUCAUGUGGCUAGCUUCCACAUGGGAGUUCGAAACAAAAAAGGUGAAGAUGGGAUUCUUGUUACUCUUUGUUUACCAAAACUAGCAAUGCAGAUGUUUGUUAAGGAGUUGGAUAGUAUGUUGAGGGAAAACCCGCAUAAUGCUCAGAACAAAGCCAAGAUGUCUUCUGCCUUGUGAAAAAAAUUGACCAUUCCUAGAAGUAUGCUAUACACAGAGGUUAUGUCGCAGAGAAACUUAUCGUAUUUGUAUCCUACGUGUCGAUGUUUAAUUUCUGUUUUCUGAAUACACUUCUAAAAAUAUGAAGUUGUAAAAAUAUAAAUAUUCUUGUAAAAAAUAUAGUUUCGGGUUUUUCAUUUCA